AUGAUAAAGUCAGUCAAAUCUGUGAAGAAUAAAGAGAUGGGUUAUUUAAAAGCCUCAAAAGGAUUCGGAUACCUUCCCCCUCCAGUUCAAGUUCAGAAUGCAGCAGAACCCUUAAGUUGGAUGAUCCAUCUUCAGACGAAAGCGGUGGAAGCGCUGCUGAAUGUUUAUUUUGUACGGUAUAUUCAUCUUAUUCAUGAUGUUAUCAAGAACAAAAAGGAUGGUGACCAUGGCAAGGAACCAAGAUAA